CUUUAAGUACACACCCGGUGUUUGGUUGGAAGAAUUAGGGUCACUGCCCGUCAAAGCCGGCAUACAGGCCAUCCCGUGUGGUUACCAUGCACAGGACCCCCUCAUUGAGACUCGCACUGCGUGAACUACAAAUGUCAAGACAAGAACACCAGUGACGACAAAUUGACUUAACCGUUUGGUAACUUUGUUUCUUUGUCGUUUGUAAAUACGAUUGGCAACGGUAUUGUCAGGAAGUGUUCUGGGACUAAAGCGGUGGAGACGAUUUGAGUUGCAGGUGUAAUUGCAAGUGGCUCCGGAGGCCGGCUUGGUGCAGGACCUGUACGGAACGUUUGGUCUCAGCUAGACCCGGGGGCGUGAGUAUGCAUAUCCAUCAACCGAGGACAACCUUUCCACGACAGGUGAAAUAACCACCUCUGGAGAAGGAUUCACCAUGGAUAAUUCUGCGGCGCGAAAACUCGCCAGAACCAUGGACAGGGACAGACGAAAGUCCGCCAGAAAGCCAAGAGUUGUCGGAGCUUCGCCUCAAUUCAAGGAAAUAUUGUCCUUGCCGAGUAUAGGCGCGAAUCAGAAAAUGGACGCCUUUCGUUCAAGUGAACAGGGUGAGACAAAGGUGCAUCCGAUUUUUUCAAAGGGAGCUGAAGUCAAGAUGGCGACUGCUCCCCGUUUCCGUGGCUACCGUGCAAAAACUGCUGUAUCGUCUGUAACUGAGGAAGUCAUGGCCAGGAGAAGAGGCUAUGGGGUACCCGAGAGGAGGACGGUGGAUUAUUACCUCAGGGGUUACCGCGAAAGACUUCCUGUCGUAUCGUUUGACUCGGGAAGUAACACAAGAAGAAAGGAUAACAAAGUCAACGCACGGAGACCCAAGCCAGAAGCGCCGAAAGCGACCCACUGCACCGUUCACUGUUUCAGUCGCAAAGACCCUCCCGUGUCGUCUGAUUCUGACAGAAAAGACGACGUAGAAAGGGUUAGUGACCGUUUUGCCGCGCUUGACUUGGACAGUAGGGCGUUAGGGCUGGCCAGAGAGAGAAGAGAGAGCCUAGAGCUGAGUAGAAGCAUCACGAGUCUUCAGGACACGAUAACUGACAUGUUGUCCAGCAUGAGAGGACGGGAAGGACUGUACGAAGGAUUCGGGUUGAGGAGACAGAGUGCGCCGCAGAUCAUGUUGACUAGUACUGCAGACAGAGAAGAAAAUGUGCUGGAGGAAAACGCUCUAGAUCUGUUUCAAAAGGAAUGAAGAAAAUAGUGACCAGAUACAGCUUGUA